UUAAAACACUCAGAACCGCAUUCUCCGCAUCAAAAUAUAAACAUGACUCUUCUCGUCACCGUUUUUGGAACUCUGCUUCUAACCCAUCAUGGGUUUUCUUCGUCCGUGAAUCCUCUGGACGAUCCGGAUGUUGGUUUGGACACAAUUCAAAUGAUCGAAAGCCAUGGUUAUCCGUGCGAAAGCCACAAUAUCGUAACCGAAGAUGGGUACAUUUUGACGUACCACAGAAUUCCGCAUGGUAUCGACAACCCAGUAGUCGGUACUAAACCGGUACUUCUCAUGCACGGUGCUAGUUGUUCUUCGGCGGAUUUCGUCAACAUGGGUCCGGAGCGCAGCUUGGGUUAUAUUUUGGCAGAUAAAGGGUACGACGUCUGGAUCGGGAAUGCUCGAGGGACGGCAUGGUCUAGAAACCAUACGACGUUGGAUGUGGUGACGGAUGCUGCAGAGUUCUUUGAUUUUAGCUGGCAUGAGGUGGGUUACUAUGAUCUACCAGCUGCCAUAGACUAUAUUUUGGAUGUUAAUGGCGAUGAUAGUUUGCAUUAUGUGGGGCACUCCUAUGGUACUACGAAUUUCUUGGUACUGGCAACCACUAGGCCUGAAUAUAACAGCAAGAUCAAGUUGGCGUCGCUUUUGGCACCCGUUUCUAGGAUGGAGCAUCAAAAAAAUCAGCUUCUUGUGAUUGUUGCUAAGUACAUAGACAGAAUAGCAGCGCUAGCCGACAAGUACCACCUCUAUGAAAUACCACUGGUUGAUCAAAUACGGGAGAUCGGUGUUUCGCUUUGCUCACAGCCGGCAUAUUUCAGCGUAUGCGAAAAAAUUCUUUUUACUAUAGUAGGUGAGGAUGAACCCGAGUUUGAUCUAAACAAAAUCGCAGUACUUUUGAGUAAUACACCGUCUAAUACUGGUCUAAAGCAGUUUUACCAUUCCGCACAAGAAGUGAAGAACGGCGGAUUUUCCCAGUACGACUAUGGAGCAGCUAAAAAUCUCGAGAUUUAUGGCAGUGAAACACCGCCAAGCUACGAUAUUUCGAAAAUUUCAUCCCCCGUGGCUCUGUAUUACGGAAAAAAUGACGCUGUGGUCAAUCCCGAGGAUGUAGCGGAACUUCUUAGCGAAUUACCGAACGCGGUAAAUGAUUACUUGGUCUCGUUCGAGCUUUUUAACCAUUUUGACUUCUUAUUUGCCAUCGAUGUGGUGGAAUUGUUGUAUACGGAGUUGAUCAGUGUAAUGGACAAGUAUUAAAACUUACCAAAGCGCAACAGUAUCCAAAAUCACUUACAAUCUUGAUUUACCCCGAACUUUGGUAUAAAUAUCCAUUUACCGCACAAAAUUCAAAAACUCGAUCGACUUUUGACAACCGACGCAGCUAAAUCCGUACACCAUGUGUAGGACACGGCACAAAAUUUUCUGGUUUUAUAAAAUUAAUAAAUAAUCGCGUGAGUGAUUAGUUCUGUACAAACAAAAUAAAAACGUCUUUUAAGUACAAA